CCCACCCAAGCAAGACAAGGACAAGGUUAAGGUUAGCAAAAAGCACAAGCUUAUGCCUAAUAAUCUGCUCAUCCUUUUUCGUCUCCCUAUUUCAACAUCAAGGCAUCGCAGCCUCAAAAGUCGAGCAGACAGCAACAUCCUGCAUUGUCCAGCACUUAUCGCCAAAGCGCCAUCGUCUUCGAGGCUCGACAGGAUGGCUCACUCGCAUGGCUCGUCGGACCCCAACAUGGCGAUGGCCAUGGUCUUCCAGAACAUACCCGCAACGCCCCUGUACACGCUGAACUGGACGCCGCGGACCAGUGGUGCAUACGCCGGAACAUGCAUCUUCCUCAUUGUCCUCGGAGUCAUCGCCAGAGUGCUGCUCACGGCCAAAGCUAUCAUGGACCGGCGCUUCCUCGCCGCAGCCAGAGCACGACGAUAUGUCAUUGUCCAGGGCCGGAGGACAUCAAUAUCACCGCCUGGAUCACCGACGUCGCCAACAGAGCCCGAGUCGGAACGCAGCAGCGAGGACGCAGACGAGAAGAAGAUGGGCCGGCUGAUAAGCGCCCACGGCGUCGAGGAGAAUGUUCGAGUGGUCAACGCAACCGCUGGGCCGCCGGUGAUGCCGUGGAGGUUCAGCGUUGACCUGCCGCGGGCGGCCAUGGUGACUCUCAACGCUGGUGUUGGCUAUCUCCUCAUGUUGGCUGUGAUGACCAUGAACGUCGGCUACUUCAUGUGUAUCCUGGUGGGCAUCUUCGUCGGCGAUCUGGCAGUAGGGCGUUACGCCCACCGUUUCGAGGAGCAUUAGCGUCUAUCGCCUAUCGUCCUUCGUCUUUCGUUGUCUUUUGUUGUCGUCCUUAUCUUGCCGCCGUCUUCAUGUUUAUACCAUCGGGCAUCUGUAUAUAUCUUCGUCUCCAUCUCCGUUUUUCAUCAUAUCAUAUAUAUCCAGCAGCACCUAAACAGUCCCUAAUAGUCCAUACCGAGUAGUCACGACUUCAAACAUGCAAC